CAGGCAACUUCUUUUGUUUCAGUGCGCGCGCUCGCUCUGUCUCAAACUUCUCUCUCGUGUUUCUAGAUAAAAAAAAAGUUAGGAGAGCACCCUCCUCCCUCCUCCCUCCUCCUCCUCCCCCUCCCUCCCUGCGUGCGUAAUUAGCUGGAGAGCGUUUGGAAACUUGUGAUGGCAGUGAAGAAAUCUCACUUUAUUUCUGACACCUGUUGCCGAGGACACCGCGCGCACAGCAGCACACAUCGGGGAGCGCGUGCCACUCAUUUCUGACUCGAUCUCCACAUUUCUGCGUGACAACUUGGGACUUUUUGGGGGACUGACAGGUCCAAGGAACCGCCGGAGGCUGUGUUACGUGCACAUAAACCGACUUUUGGGACUUUGCUGCGAUACUUCUACGUGAAGGUGAUCGAGAAUUGAAAGGAAUGACGUUUAAUGUGUCCAAAAAGUGACACUUGGAAGAUUUAGUAGGUACAUGACACAGUGGGAGCUCUGCCCGACGGGGUUUCCCUCGAGAUAAAAACACCGACCUGUGUGUAGCUUCCUAGCCGGACUGAGAGGCACACUUUUCGGACUGGAGCGCUUCAAAUGGUCGGAGGAGAAACUUUUCCUGGAGAGCUGAGCAACAACUGAACAGGUUGGGUUCAGACCAUAGCAGACUUCAGGACGGAGGUGCUUUUUCCUCUGCUCCUCCCCCCCUCUUCUCUCCAACUGUGCCAGACAUAAACUCAGACUGACCAGGACGCCUCCUGAUCCUCUGGCCAUGUCUCAACCGCAGAGCACUUUCUCCAGCACCGGCUGUGCGGCGGUGACGCGGCGGACCAUGGACAACAGGCCUGUUCGGAGAAAGCGGUGCGGCGUGGUGCGACAUCUGCUGCUGGCAGCCGCCUUCCUCGCCUGCAGCUCCCAACUGCUGCUGGUGGAUGCCAACUCUUGGUGGUCACUGGCUCUGACCCCGAUCCAGCGGCCAGAGAUGUACAUCAUCGGAGCUCAGCCACUCUGCAGUCAGCUGUCUGGUCUCUCGCAGGGCCAGAGGAAGCUGUGCCAGCUGUACCAGGACCACAUGAUCUACAUCGGAGACGGAGCCAAGACGGGCAUCAAGGAGUGCCAGUACCAGUUCAGACAGAGGAGGUGGAACUGCAGCACAGUGGACAACACGUCGGUGUUCGGACGGGUCAUGCAGAUUGGCUCCAGGGAAACAGCCUUCACUUACGCCAUCAGUGCAGCUGGCGUGGUCAAUGCUAUCAGCCGGGCGUGCCGCGAGGGUGAGCUCUCCACCUGCGGCUGCAGCCGUGCAGCUCGACCCCGCGACCUGCCGCGGGAUUGGCUGUGGGGCGGCUGCGGCGACAACGUGCACUAUGGCUACAGAUUUGCCCGGGAGUUCGUGGACGCCAGGGAGAGAGAGAAGAACUACCCACGUGGUUCUGCUGAGCACGCCCGAACUCUGAUGAACCUGCAGAAUAAUGAAGCUGGGAGACAGGCCGCCUAUAACCUCGCGAAUGUCGCCUGUAAAUGUCACGGCGUCUCGGGUUCCUGCAGUCUGAAGACCUGUUGGCUCCAGCUGGCCGACUUCAGACGUGUCGGAGAGUUCCUGAAGGAGAAGUAUGACAGUGCGGCUGCCAUGCGCAUUGGACGCAAGGGCAAACUGGAGUUGGUAGACAAGCGCUUCAACACCCCGACUGCGGAGGAUCUGGUCUACAUCGACACCAGUCCCGACUACUGCCUCCGCAACGAGACCACGGGCUCGCUGGGCACACAGGGCCGCCUCUGCAACAAAACCUCGGAGGGCAUGGACGGCUGCGAGCUGAUGUGCUGCGGCAGAGGGUACGACCAGUUCAAGACCUACAAGCACGAGCGCUGCCACUGCAAGUUCCACUGGUGCUGCUACGUCAAGUGCAAGCGCUGCACAACGCUCGUGGACCAGUUUGUGUGUAAAUAGCAGACGAUGGACAGAUGAGAGGGAGAGGAAAUGAAGAGGUGACGGGUUGAAGGACGGUGAUGAAUGGAUGAGUUUUCAGGGUUUUGUUCAGGAUCAAUUUAAAAGUUCCAUUUUCUGACCAGUUUUCUUCUCCCCUACAUUAAUUAUCUUCUGCUUUGACAUGAAAUACCACAAUGAUGGAAACAUAGUUGCAAAGAAGAACAGAUAGAUGAGAAGAUUGACAGAAGCAGGAAGCAAAGAAGGAAUUUUUAUUUUCCAGAGGAGGUUCCUGUUUCUCGUCACUCUAUCGUCACCUUCUGCGAACAUCCUGAUCACAACCCUGAAGGAAGGAGAGAUGGAGAGAAAAAGGACAUCAAGGAUAAAUGGACCUAGAAAGUGGAACAACUGGAUCCUAAAAUGGGGACGCGCAGAGUGAUAACGAAGAUAUAAGAGAUGAAAUAAAUAUAUAAUUAAAUAAUAAAUAAACAUACAACACUGAUUGUUAUUUAAAGAGACUCGAACAAAGCGAAGGCACACUUUGGACCCAUAAAACUCCUGUGUUCGGGAAUCCCACAAAUCAUUACAGUCCUUUUGGAGUUUGAAGCCAUGUGAGUGCUGAGCGGUGUCACCGUGUCACUUUCUUUUGACCUUGCAAGAGACAUACUCACGUACAUGGGUUGACGUUGCUCCAACAUACUUGCAAUAAGAACAGAAAAAACACCAGAAGUACAAAAUAGCCCACCAAAAUUCCAGACUGAGCGAGGAGAAGAGGAAUCACUUUUUGGGGUGCAAAAGAGAAAGCGAAGAGAACCGUGAAAAAAAGGGAAAAAGUGAAAAUAAGUGAUUGUUUUGCAACAGAAUUCACGAGACAGUUUUACAAGUCACACAGCUGAAUUCCCAGCUGAUUUCUGUUUAAAAAAAAAAAAAAACAAUAAAGUGCAGUAAAAAACACUUAAUCUUCAAUCAAAAAAAGGACUAACGACUUACAGGACACACUUUGUCUCAGUUUAACUACUGCUGUUAGAGCAGAUUUGCAGCACCUGUGACCUGACAAGUGUGUCCGCGCAGGUUAAUGAGGCUCGCAGGAUCGCGGCCAUCUUGGCAGCGCGGCUGUUUAAACAAGCAGCUCACACGGCCAGCGUCCUUCAUCUGACAGUGAAGUGAGCGAAACCUCCAUUAGCGAGAUUAAUGUGCUGAAUCUGCCUUAAUGAACCCGCACUAAGAGACACGUUCACUGAGAGUGGACCUCUUCAUCUCAUGUUGUUAUGCAACUUGUUAAAGGAGCACUUCAACCACAUAAUGAUCAUUUAAGUAUCAAUUAGUCACCCCGUGUUAUGGUGGAUUCAUGGAGAAAUAUUUGAUUUUCUCACAUGCUUCCGCGGUAAAUGAAGAAUCUAAAAACGGAGAAAAUGUAUGAAGAAUUAAAGUAAAUGGGGUCCGUGUAAACCAACAGCAAAACUAUAUAGAAGCAUUUGUUUAGAAACUCUUACACAGCUCAUGCAGUGUAAUACAAGUCUCAUUUAUCCAGUCAUAUGCUCAGGACUUCCUUAAUAUACUGCUUGUGCGCUCUAUUCAGCAGAGUUCAAACACAAAUGCUUGACCAAGUGUGCUACUACAACAACUACUAACAAGUUGCUAUAAGGAGCUGUAAAGUCCCUACAGGGCAGACAGGAGGGGAAGCUAAUGUGUCCAACAACCACGAGGGUUUGUGGUUUGCUACCUGAGUGAAUGCUGAGCCAAACCAUGAUGUUUAUUUCUAAAGCUAACUUUUGUUACACAAGGAAAUAAACAUAAAUAGUUGUAUAUUGAAAAGACCAUGAAUCUAACAAGCAGAAUCUUUUCAUUUCCUGUAAAAACAGAAGUAUGUUUUGCAAAGACAAAAUGCAUGAAACAAGCAUAAAUUGAUGCGACAUCCCAGAACAUCAACAGUGGAUGCAGGACGAUACCUGGUGGGUUAUAUGUAGAAGUGGCGAAAUUUUACAAGUUGGGAUGAGAUACAUUGCAUGAUAAAACGAUAGCGGUUCCACUCCAAAACUACCUGGUUAGGUUUGGAAAAAAACAUCCUGGUUUGUCAAUAAAUAAGUGCUUAUGUCACUGACUCGACAUGAUCACAUAAAAUAGGUCACGAAUGACAUAUCAUGUACGUCAUUGCCAUAGCAUGCUACACAUACUAGCCCAUUAGGCUAUGUUAUUAAAAAAAAAGUCAUGCAAAAAGUGCUCUCCUGGGUGAAAGUCCUGUGUCUGCUCCGCCCACCCUAUAGGGGGCUUCUUUAAUACUUGUACAACAUUAUGCAGGCUUUAUGACUUUUUAUGCUUUGUCACUCCACUUCCUCCUUUGCUUCUGUAAUGCUGUAAUUACUAUGGCCACUAGAGGGUGAAGUUUAACUAUAAAUGGAAGUAUGGCUUGCAAUAAGCUGCUGUCACAGUCAAUGUUUGUUGUCAUUUUUCAGUGAAAUCGGAGCGAGUUUGCUGUUGUUAAAUGUGGUCCCUCUUUAAAUCUAUUUUAUCAAGAACUUCUUGAUUCUUUAUUCACCGUGGAGGCAUGUGAGAAAUACACAGUUUACUUAACGAACUCUACAUAACACGGUGAUGAGUGAUUAAUGAUUAUGUUGUGGUUGAAGUAUUCCUUUAAGUCAACAAAAAGCCCUGUGGUGUCGGUUUUGCCACCAAUGUAACAUUUUAUUUACCAUGAGUUUUGCAACUUGUAUGGGUUGGGUUUAUGAUAUUUUAAAUGUAUAAUGUAAUCCAAUCGAUAGACGCAGCUGAUAGCAAACACGGAGAGGACAAAGUGAGCAGAAGAGGACUGAACAUGCUGUGGAAAAAAUGAAUGUGUGAGCGUGGAUAAACAGAGAGGACUGCAAUUUAAUACGUGCUACUUUAAAAAAACAAAGUAGUAGAUAAGAAAAGAAGGUAUAUUUUAUUACUGUUUUUCAUUUUCUGUUUUCUAUGUUUUAUACAUGAGUAUCAUUGUGUAUUCUUUUGAUAAACUAGUCUUCGACAACAA